UUGGCUUAGACUUCAGCGCUAUACCGGAUUUUAAUAAUAUUUUGGAAUUGGCGCCAGAUUAUGCCACAAAAAUGGAUGAUGCGACGGCUGAUGUUAUUCUACGGGAUAUAUUGAACAAACCUGAUUAUUGUCACAACACAUCUAUACAGAACAGCAAUGUUGUUGAUGAGCAACCGUUUUUCCCACACGCGACAGGGGGUCGUGCUAAAACAUUCGAAUAUAAAGCAGGUAUUACAGAUGAGGCUGUAGCAAUGCGUUAUGCGCCGACGAUACCAUCAGGAUGUGAUUCAGUAGCGCAAAUACACCGUCUUAGUACAAGCGGGAAAAUAUCAAAACGCACAACCGCCGCUGAAACGGAAAGCCAUCAAUUCGCAGCAGCAGAUGACGCUGUAGCAAGACGCUAUGCUCCUUUGAUACCAACAGUCAGUGAUACAUGCUCGCAGAUACACAGGCCUAGUACAAGCGGGAAAAUAUCAAAACGCACAACCGCCGCUGAAGCGGAGAACCAUCAAUUCGUAACGCCGGCAAUUGUACAUAAGAACGUUGCUAGGUCAUCAGUUAUGGCUGUGCAUAACGGCUGUAUCGUACCGAACAAACGAAAGCCGGCUCGACCAAGAACGAAUGAGAGAAGUCAUAAUUCAACAUUUACAGAUCUGAAAAGAAAAUUGUCAUAUUCCGAAAAUGAUAAGCCACAACGGAGAAGGAUCGCGUUACAAACUGUAUCAUGCGUAAGUAAUGAUGUUGCUGUAACAUCAAAACACACAGCGUUUAACACUGCAGACCGGGGUGUCGCUGGUAAUACAAAGACUGUAAAGGUUAAGAGGGCAUCGCGUCUCUCAAGAAGUAAUGUUAAGCAAUUGUCGCAAUCCGCUGUAAUCACAAUUCCAGAUACACAGGUUUGUUCUGAAACAGAAACAAGGCACAUAGCAGGCAUUGGUUUGUUAUCAAAUAUUGACUCAAGAAGUAAUGUUAAGCAAUUGUCGCAAUCCGAUGUCAUCACUAUUACCGAUACACAGGAUUGCUCUGAAACAGAAACAAGACACAUAGCCGGUAAUCCUGUGAUAUCAGAUAUUGAUGACAUAAAUGGGCAAGAGCUUAUUACAAAUUGUGUAGAGUCAACGACACAAGAUCCGCAGAAUAGCUCUGAUGAAGUAUUAUCAGCCGUUGCAGGAAUACCUGGUAAUACUACAACGGUUGAUUGUGUAACAUCAAUGCCCAAUAUUUUUACAACGACAGCCCUGGUACACGCAUCGGCUGAUGCUUGUGUACCGGCGCGAGGGCUAGCGCCCGACAUAGUUGAUGAAUGUCAAAAUUCAGAACAAUUAGGCCAAGACGCUGAAAUACAAUUUUACGCGUUGUUGGGUAAGAUACGGGAAGAUGUUGAGAACAUGGGCGUAAAAGCCGGAUAUUUGUUAAAACACAUUAAAGGUGUGUGCCACGGUAGUAAAUGUAAACAAGACAUUGUUAAAGAAGUUGUUGAGACGUAUAUGAAUGUCAUGUCAAAAUACAUAGAUCGGUCGGUUAAGACAACUGAAUUUAUUAAAGCCAACAUACAUCAUUUUGCAGAAAUAAAUGAAACUGAUCCGUGACUAGGCAUGCUAGGCAAUGGUUUGAAACGUGUUUUAAAU